AUGUCUGAUCCAUUGAUACCAUUGAGUAUUUCCAAUGAAUAUAUUCCAAUUGAAUAUCAUUAUAAAUUAGAUAUCAAUCAUCAGAAACCAAACUUUAAUGGUGUUGCAAUAAUUACCAUUGACAAAAAUCACCAUCAACAAAUAAGCCAUAAAUACAAACAAUCUGAAAAAGAAAAACAAGAAGAAGAAGAACUGUCUUUUAGUAUCACAUUACAUGCCAAUAAAUUGGUAAUUAUUAGUGCCACCAUUGGUGAUGAAAAAUUAUCAAUCAAAUAUGAUAAAUUGCAACAAAGAGUGACAUUUCUGAGUAGUACACAAACAUAUUCUCAAUUAGUCACUAACAAUUGUUUAGUUAUGGAAGUUAAAUAUAUGGGACAAAUUAAAACCAUCAAUACUUAUAAAGAUGAAACUCAAGGGUUGUUUAAAACAAAUUUUUUGGAUAAUGAUAGUGGGAAAUCCGACAACUAUAUACUUACAACUCAUUUCCAACCAAUGGGUGCUAAACAAGUUUUCCCUAUUAUUGAUGAAUUAACUCAUAAACCGAUGAUAAAAUUAGAUUUGAAAACUUUGAAAAAAUUUCAAGUAUUCUGUAAUGGUGAUGAAGAGGAUGUUGUGUCCAAUGAUGAUGAGUGGAAAAUAAGUAAAUUUGUUUACUCAAAACCUAUACAUCCUGCUAUAAUGGGAUUUCUGAUUGGUGAUUUUACUUGGCAACUGAGUAAAACUGUCAAGACAAAUAAUGUUGAAGAUUCGGUUCGAGUAUAUGCACCAUCAGGAGAAAUAUCAAAAACUAAUAUGGCAUUAAGAAUCAUUGAAAACUAUUUACCCAAAUUAGAAGCAGUGUUUGGAAAAUAUCCAUUAAAUCAUUUAUAUUUUGUUGCCGUUCCAUUUUUAAAAGAUGGAGUAAUGGAAAAUUGGUCAAUGAUUAAUGUAAUCGCUCCUAAUUUGUUGAUAAAUGAUGGAAAUUAUCAAUCCAACUACAACAACAACAACAAUAACAACAACAACAACAAUCAACCUGAAACUUAUCAAUUAACUGAAUUGAUUGUUCAUGAAUUGGUUCAUCAAUGGAUUGGGAAUUGGGUUUCAUUUGAUAAUUGGGGUUGUUUAUGGUUUAAUGAAGCAUUUGCCACUUGGGCAGCACGGAAGAUUAUCGGCACAGAUACUACCACGUCCCGUAGCAGCAACAACAACAACAACAUGUUAGCUAUUGAUUGUUUUUAUGAUGAUGGUGAUGGUGAUUUUAAAAUAGGUAGUAUUUUCCAGUAUAUGGAACGUCAUCAAAAUCCUAAUUUAAAUGCUACUACUGAAUCAAUAUUCAGUACUAAUAUUUAUGAAAAAGGUAUUAUUCUUUUAGAUAUGAUUGAUGGGAUUUUUGAAGCUGAAGGGAAAAAUUUCCUUAAACAAUUUGCCAAUAAAAUAAUUGAAAAAUAUCAAUCAAAAACAAUUAAAAUCUUUGAUAUUUGGCAAAAUUUAAAUGAUGAUAUUCUGAUUGAUUUACCAAGUUUUGUUUAUUCUUGGACAAGAAGUAAAGGAUAUCCAUUAUUAAGAGUCACUCAUAAACAGAACGACAAUGAUUCAUUGGCAAAAAAAAUUGUUAUUGAACAACAUACUUAUUUCCAUAAUAUAACCACUGAAAAAGCUGGCAUUGAAGAUACUCCUUAUCAUAUUCCAUUAUUUAUUAAAGCCAAAACUACUUCGGAUAAUAAUGAAGAUAGUAGUCAUGGUGAGAAAACUAAAUUGAUCAAUUUAAUGAUGACUGAUCGAUCUAUUGAAUUAGAUAUUGAUUAUCAUCAAUUGAUAAAUAUAAAUACUGGACAUAAAGGGUAUUAUCGUGUAUUAUAUGAUCAACUAGACGUUGGCAACUUGUCAUUAAUGGAUCCAAAAGAUAUUAUCACAAUAAUUUCUGAUUUAGGGACAGUUAUAGGCACCCCUAAUUCCAAUAGUCAAGAUUUGAUUAAUUUUAUUAUUUUAAUGAGCAAUUUAUUAAAAUUGGAAACCCAAUUUAAUUGGGAAAUAUGGGAAUGUGCUUUAAGUUAUUUAGAACCAAUUAUUGAUAUUUUACGUCAUUUUAGUGAAUUUAAUAAAUUUAAUACUAAUUGGUUAAAUAAGUUUGUUAGUGAUUUAUUUAAUGCAAUUAAAUGGGAUAAUAAUAAUUCUUUGGAUAAUAUUUCAAAGAAUCAUUAUAAUAGUUUAGAAUGGAAAGUUAGAUCAUCUAUUUUACAAUUACAAUUGAAUAUCAACAAUAACAACAACAAUAACAAUAACAACAACAACAACAAUGGUAAUCAUACUACUGGUGAUGCGGCAUAUAAAGUGGCCCAUAAGUAUUAUCGAAAUUUUAUGAAUUCAGGUAUUAAUAAGAAAUUUACACCCAAAGAAUUGUUACCAGCAAUAUUUAACGUCACCAUGAACAAAACUUCGAUGAAAGAAUAUAAAAAAGUAUUAGAAUUAGUUAAAAAUGCCAAUGUAUCGCUUUUGAAACAAACAAAUGCUACUCAACAAGAUUUACAAACAUUAAGUUUGACAAGCUUAUCAUUUGUUUAUGGGAAUAAUAGUGGUAGUGCUGCCGAUUUUGAAUUGGUUAAUAAAACAUUAAAUUUUGUGAACAAUAAUAUAGAUUCAAAAUUAAUAGAAUUAGGAUUAAUUGGAUUCACAUUCACGAAUAAUCAACAAAUUAUUGAUACGGUUUUCCAUUGGUUUAAAUUAAAUUAUGAUAAUUGGAUCAUGAGAUCUUUACGUAAAGGAAGUGAUUGGUCCAAACAAAUUGGUAUUACUAUACAAAAUAUUAUGAAAAUGAUUAUUAUGAAAAUGAUGGUUAAUAAUGAAAUGAAUAAAUUGAAAUUAAAUGAAUUUAUUCAAUUAAAAUUAAAAAAUUUACCAAAUCAUGGAUUAAAAGAAUUGGUUGAUGAUUGGUAUUUAGAAAAUAAAGAAAAUAUUAGAAUUGGUACUUUUUAUAAUGAUUUAUGUGAUCAUAUUUGCCAAUAG